GCUGCCUCUGGCCACCUGUUGCUGUCUUUCUUGGGGCCACCCUACACCCAGUCCACCAGUCCACCAGGCCCAGCGUGGCGGCUGUGGACUCAAGUCUGGACCUGCUGCUUCUCAGACAUCUCCAUGACAACCAUGGCCUUGGAGGAGCCAGAUGGAGGCCUGGGCAGUUGCCAAGCGGUGCCACCCAGGCUGGCUGACUCCAGCAGCUGGCCCCAUAAUUCUCAGGAGCCAGAGACUGAGGGGAGCCCUGCAGGCGGAGUGGAUAUCCAGCCCAAGAAGACAGAAAAGGAGCCUGUGGCCAAAGUGGCCCCAGGACUCAGCAAGGAGAGGCUGAAAGCAGGAGCAACCCCGAGGAGCCCAGCACGAAAGAAGGCGCAGGCUGCGCCACCCCCGAAGCCGCUGCCACCUCCACCGGCUCUAAGCGAGGAGCUGCCGUGGGGAGACCUGACGCUCAACAAGUGCCUGGUGCUUGCCUCGCUGGUGGCGUUGCUGGGCUCAGCCUUCCAGCUGUGUCGCGACGUCGUGGUUGGGGAGACGGCCGCCCCCGCACCUGUCCCUGAGCCAUGGGUCCCGCCAAGCUCGCCACCAAAGAAGCCAGCGUCGCCCCCGCUGAAGCCCGUGGCCUCGGCCCCGUCAUUGGGACCCUCUGCACCCCAGGUGGAGGCAGAGGAGAAGACUGAGGUUCCCAGGAGAACGGAAGCUGCAGAAAAGGGAGAAGGGGAGUCUGGGGAGGCAUCUGGGGAGGAGUGCGCACACCUCGCCCACGGAGGUCCCAAGGAGAGGCUGUGGAAAGAAAGACCACGAAAGGAGAGGCCACGGAAGGAGGAGAGGCCGCGGAAGGAGAGGCCGCGAAAGGAGAGGCCGCGAAAGCCGGAGAAGCCACGAGCCUCAGGGCAUGCCCGGGAAGCCCUACCCCGAAGCUGGAAGACACGCGAAGGGGGCCAUCGACGCUGGGUGUGGGACUCUGGAGACCCUGAGCACAGAAAAAGUCGGGCCUCGGCCUCCCCGCGGCGCCCCGACGCAGAGGACUGGCCUCUGGGCCGCCAGAAGCACCGCACCGGCAAGGGGCGAGACUGAGCCGGGCCUGGGUCCUGCAGCAGAAUCCUGGGACCCCUUCUCUGAAGCCCUCGGUUCUAGCAAAAUAAAGCGAGUGCUGCGGCCCCCA